AUGGCUGAAAGUCCUUUACUGAACGUUCCCUCCUCAAACUGGAGUGAAAAUGAGAGCAACUCGACUAUUUGCCCAGAAUUAGAUGACUGGUGGAAAAUCAUUUACUCUAUACUACCCACGUACAUAGACACCAUCUGUGUUAUUGGUAUGCUUGGAAAUGUACUUGUUCUCUUCAUUUAUUCAUUAUACAAGGGCUCCCUAAAGAUAGCUGAAAUCUACCUUAUUAACUUAGCUGCUGCUGACCUUAUCUUCCUCAUGUGCCUCCCUUUCUGGGCAGAGAACAUCAGGAAUGAAUUUAACUGGCCAUACGGCAAUUUCCUUUGUCGUAGCACCAGCGCAGCCACCAGCCUAAACAUGUACACCAGCAUCUACUUGCUUGUGGCAGUCAGCUUGGAUCGCUAUUUGACUUUUGUUCAUACCUUGAGCAACAGAGGGAUACGAAACAAAACUCUGGCCAAAGGGAUCUGCUUGCUCCUCUGGGUCUUUGGAAUCCUUGUCAGCAUCCCAACCUUUACAUUUCGGACUGUGAAACAUCUUCCUCGGUGGAAUAUCUCAGCAUGCACUUUAGACUUCCCCACCCCAUCAUGGGCAACAGCCGAGCGUCUGGUCUUCAACAUAGUGGGUUUUGCACUGCCGUCUACCGCAAUGGUCUUCCUUAAUUUUUGUAUCAUUCACUCCCUGCGAGAAAACAUAAGAGAACAAAGAACGCUCAGGACAAAGAGUUGCAAGGACCACAGAGACACUAAGGCUACCAGACUGAUCUUCAUAGUGGUGCUGAUGUUUCUUUUGUGCUGGACUCCUUACCAUCUUUUUACAUUCCUUGAUGUAUUACUCCAGAUGGAAGUGGUCAAAGGCUGUUUCUGGGAAGAACUGCUCAACUUUGGUCAGCAAAUUACUUCUACCCUGGCUAUCACCAAUAGUUGCAUUAACCCUGUGAUUUAUGUCUUUGUUGGCAAAUAUUUCAGGCAAAAGGUUUUGCAGGUUUUUUCACAGUUAAUUCCUUGUGGGUUUUCUCUGAGCUCGGUAUCAUUAAAAGAAAAGUCAUCAUAUUUCAACUUGUUCCCAGUCAGGAGUAGCUUAACCUAA